CGGUUAAAUUAUUACAGAGUUAGCCAUUUUAAAAAAAAAAAAAAUAGGUGACUUCAGAAAGACUUCAUAAUUUAUUCAGUCUAUUCAUUGUCUCUUAAUCAUAAACGUUUAGAACAUCCUUGUUUUAUAGUUUAGAUUAGUAUGACGGAACGCAUUUACUCAGACGGAUUUGUUUAUUGGAUUAAAUGUACAUUAGCUCUACAGAAAACUAAAGAGGGCACAGCCCAAUAUGUCGAAAAUACAAUGAAAAGUCUUAUUGAAAGCUUCGAUGUAGAAGAAGAACACAUCCGACGUUUUCUAAAGAAAGUAACGGAGGAAAAUAAACAACGUAUAACAUUUAAAAAGGGGCGUGGAAAUAAAACAUGGACAUUUAAAUCUAAAUGCAAAUCUAAAUGCCAAAACAUGUUCCGGAUUAUUAUGGACAAGCACGCUAGAAAGAGUUCGAACAAGCUAAAUUGGGAUUUUCAUGAUCCUUCAGUUGAUUAUUCACCUGACGAUUACUGGUGGAUCAUUGCGAAGAUAUACAUGCCUGACCAUAAUGAGGAAAGUAUUAGGCCGGAUCAGGUGGAUCCUUUGUCCAUUUUCAGUAUGCUUCUUCAUUGCGAGCUAUUUGUAGAUGUAUGGGACAAUGCCGAUAAGAUCAUUCAGGUAAGGAACAAACUGAUGCACAGUGCUACAUACACUGUGACAGUAGACGAGUCUGAAAUGAAGGAUGCAUUUGCAAAGAUGAAAGAAUUGUUGAAACGUGACAGAAUAGUUGAUACAUCUUCAAAGGCGGUAGCCGAGAUCGAAAAGAUUGAACAAGAACGGUUUUUCCUGAGCAACAUUACUGAAGAAAACAACGAGAUGAUGUUAAGGGCACUCGAAAUAAAACACGAUGCACUCGAGUACGAGAUAAAAGCAUAAAAAAGCUUAGAUUCAGAAAAAGAAGUAAAGGAACUAAAGAAGAUCUUAGAGAAAACAUAUCAAGACAUCGAAGAGCGGAAGCAAAACGAGGAACAGAGAAAAGGAAGCAAUUUGGAAAGUGAAAACAAAGAUUUAUUAGAAAAGCCACGUGAAAUGGAAAUCCGGUCAAAAGAAUGUUGUUGUGAAUUUAUGUAAUCGUUUUAGGAAGCGCUAAUCAAUGACGUACUGCAUAGUUAUAAGAUGUAUGUAUACUGACACGAGUAUAACAUGUCUUCAUAGCAAAGGUAUACAUUGAAAGGAUAUUAACUCUAUUGAAGAAAAACGUCGUAAAAGUAGAGUCUGUUGUGCGAAAAACUGCGGAGAAACUGGCAUACGGACAGAAGGAAAAAAUCAACCACAAAAGUCGAUUAUUCCCGUCUUUUUUCCAAACAGGCUGCCUGGUGCUCAUAUACAUACAUGUAUGUUUAGAAUUUUAGAUACUAUGUAUCAAGUAUGAAAUCAGGCACUACAUUACUGAUACAGAGCUCUUUUAUUUCGUUAACGUUUCGACCCCGUGGCCUUUAUCAAAACGAUAAGAUUUAAAGUAAUUUUCUUUAAAGUAUUUCAAAUUGAAUUGGUAUUGUAUUGAUUGAACGUCAUGGUGUAGAAAACAACUUGAAAUUUUAUCAUUUUAAUAAAGGCCACGAGGCCGAAACGUUAAUAAAAUCGAAGAGAAUGAAAACUAGUCUUUGAUUAUUCGAUAUCCCUUUUGAUAAAAACUGUCUUAAACGAUUAUACACGUUCCUUUUCUUCUAUACAAAACACAUAUUGUGUGUUAAUAUUUCAAAAUAUAUGUGUGUAUUCAAAAUAUUUCAUAUGAAAGAAUAUAAGAUGAAGGAAGCAGAAACAGCAAAUCGAUGGGAAAAUGUAUUAGCAAAUACAAAAAGAACAUUGGGUGUCUCACUGAUUUCGAUUGAGAGGUGUGCAUCAUUUGAAUAUUUUAAUUUUGUUUUCAUUUCGGAUCGAGUUCGCAUAACACCACAUUGUCGGAUAAUUAAAGCUAACGAAGCUAAAUGCGUUACAUCAAUCGGUGGCAUUAAGAUAUUAAGAUGAGACAUGUAUGGAAACAUAAAUUACAUUUCUAAAAUAUC